GAAAAUAAUUAAAAUGGCAGCUAAAAAAUCUUUUGUUGUUUGGCAUAAGGAACCAGAGCUCCUGGGACCAGCCAAGCCUACUCCCCAAGAAAUAAAGGAAUUAUCAGACAUUGAUGACCAGAAAGGUCUGAGGUUCCAUUUCUGCGUGAUCAUGUUCUAUAGGGCAAAUCCCCUGAUGAAAGCAAAGGAGCCUGUGGAAGCCAUUAGAGAUGCAUUAGCUGAAGCUCUGGUAUGGUACUACCCUCUUGCAGGUCGGCUCAUUCAUGGCCCUAAGGAUAAGUUGAUGGUGGAUUGCUGUGCUCAAGGGAUUUGGUUCAUCGAAGCAGAUUGCAGUUUCAGCAUGGAUGAUCUGGGUGAUGCCGUUAAACCACCAUGUUUGUACUCCAAUGAGUUCUUGUAUGAAGUGCCUGGCUCUUAUGAGAUUCUUGGUUGCCCAUUGAUGGCAGUUCAGGUUACGAGGUUGAUUUGUGGAGGAUUCGUGGUGGCUAUACAUGUAAACCAUGUUCUUGCUGAUGGAUUAGGUUUAGCACAAUUUGUGAAGGCUGUCGGAGAAUUAGCGCAAGGUGCAUCUUCACCUUCAACCAAACCUGUCUGGAGAAGAGAAUUAUUGACUGCAAAACAUCUUCCACUCCAAACAACCUACGACCACACAGAAUAUGGUAUUGUCACCCACAACUCAACAAUAGAUCCCGACAACCUGGUUAGCCGUUCUUUCUUUUUCGGCCCCAAAGAGAUGAAAGCCAUGCGCCAAAAACUCCCACCGCCGCCGCAGACUCAACCAGCCUCAAACUUCGACAUGAUUACGGCUUGCAUAUGGAUAUGUCGAACACGGGCCUUAGAGUUCGACGGCGACGAGACCGUCGCCGUCAUAUGCGCGAUUAACGUACGUGACAAAGGUCCACCAGAGCUGCGCGGCGGCGGAUACUACGGCAACGCGGUGGUGUUUCCGGCGGCGGUGGCAAAGGCUGGGAGAUUAUUAUCAUGUGAUAGCCCGUUGGAGUAUGUCGUGAAGUUGAUAGAGAAAGCGAAGAGUAGAGUGUGUGAAGAUUACGUUAGAUCGGAGGUUAAGUUUUUGGAUUCAAAAGGAAGGCCGCCAUUGUUGAGGUCACGUAGCAGUAUAAUUGUUACUGAUUUGUCGAGAAUAGGGUUUGAUGAAAUGGAUUUUGGAUGGGGGAAACCAGUUUAUGGAGGGACCAUGGAUGGAGGAGGAUCAGCCACCGCUAUUACUCAUGCUCGCUACCGGAAUAGCGACGGUCAGGACGGCGUGCUUGUGCCGGUUUUCUUGCCGGCGGCGGCCAUGAAGAGGUUUGAAGAGGAGAUGAACAAGUUCAUAGCUCUUGAGCCUAGUGAAGUUAUAGAGAUACCACCCAAAUCACUUCUUAAAUCCUCUCUAUAAAUUAGAGCUGUCCGGAAUAAAAUUUGGCGGUUAGACUAAAUUUAUUUACUAGC